CUGAAAUAGGCCUUUCUAAAUUACAUCAAUUCCGUGGAAAUGGCAAAAAAUAAGGGUGAGAAGAAAAAAGGCCGUGUUGCCAUCAACGAAGUUGCUACCCGUGAGUACACAGUUCAUGUCCACAAACGAAUCCAUGGAAUUGGAUUCAAAAGGAGGGCACCGCGUGCCAUAAAGGAGAUCCGUAAAUUUGCAGAAAAGAUGAUGGGGACUCCUGAUGUCAGAAUCGACACUGGACUUAAUAAACAUAUUUGGUCAAAGGGUGUCAGGAAUGUUCCCUUCAGAGUCAGGGUGCGUCUUGCAAGACGAAGAAAUGAAGAUGAGGAUUCAACACACAAAUUAUACACUCUUGUCACUCAUGUCAGAGUCGAUUCUUUCAAAGGACUGCAAACAAAGAAUGUUGAAUCUGAUGAGUAGAUGAUGUGUAAAUAAAAUUUGACUAAAAA